AUGCUGCCCUGGUCCCAGUGGUUUUGCUCGAUAGCGAGCCCCGAGUUAGUGGAGCCCACUAGGUCCCAUCCCAAUAAGAACCUGGGCUGUAACCACACAUCGCCUGCGAACAGCGAUUCGCCUUCCCCUCUCAACCACUCGCCGCGGUCGCCGUCAUCGACACCCCAGACGGCCACGCCUUCUUCGACCGUCUCCGGCUUUCUCGGCAUUCCAGGGUAUACCCGCCCGCAUUCGAUUACUUUUGGGCGCAUCGGCCGGAAGUCUUUAACGAGCGCUCCCGCUCGCGCUGACGUCGGUGACGACUACGUUGAACAUCCUCGCACAACUGGUCGCACCACUAACGGCGCAAAAGCUGUUUAUCUCGACAACGACGUUAGCGACCGAGAUCACAACAUCGAUAUUGGCACCGGACCCGCCAACAUGACAACCGGUCCAGAUUUUGGUUCGGCCUCGAGCCGGACCCGCCAGGACUCAUUCGUGAGCGCUGGUGCGAAACCCAUUUCCAUGGCCAACCCGAACCGUGAACAUGCAAACCGUGUACGUCGCGAAAGCCUGGCGGGUAGCUUGAUGGGCGGUAUGAGUUGGGGAGGUAUUUCUGUCGGCAGUUUCAUUAGGGAGGACAUGAUGAUGACAGGAACCUCGCCCUACAUCAACAACCAGUCUUCAUCGUUUCAAUCUUCUUCGUACAUCCCGAGGUUGGAGGCUAGCUUCAUGCGCGAUUUCACAUGCUGUGACCAGAAGUGGCCUACCUUGCACGAUCUUCUGCAGCACUAUGAGGAACACCACCAUCCCACGAAUACGCCAGCUGUCGCAAGAGAUGCCUUUGGUACGAAUCAAGCCAAUUCCCGCGCUACGAGCCGCGCAGGGUCCGUCGCCCCGACCGUCGGCAGGCCACAGCAGGCUUCCCAAGCUGCUCACGGAUUCCCGCAACAGCAGCGGCAGGGCGCCACGGGCAUGGGCGUUGGAGGUAUUGGGCAGAUGAUGCGGCAGCAACACCAAGUGGGAGCGUCCGCCCAAAAAGUCAACCCCCUCUCGCACAUGGCCGACGAAAUGGAUGCGGUCGGGGACAUGGAGAUGGACGACGCAGUUGGACCGAUGGAUAUGGACGACAAUACCCGCACGAUUCAAGCAACCCGCGAGUUGUUUGGCCAAUCGCAGCGGCCUCAACUACAUCUGAAUAGCUCUGGGCUUCCCCACCAAGCUUUGCGUACUUCCCAGCCUCCGACGCCGGCUGCCGUUAGUUUCGGGUUCCAGAACAAUCCGACCGUUUCGUCUGUCAACACCCCCACUUUGACAACACAACAAGGGGUACCGCAACGCGGCCAACAGUUCGACCAGGAUGGGGAGGGUGAGGAGGACGACGAUAUGUCCGGGAUGCCUAUGAAGCUUAACCUAGGGAACUUGAACAUGGGCGCGUCUCAGCUGGGGGGGCUGGCAUUUGGUGCCUUGGGCACGAUUGACGAUCCGGCUAAGCGCCUCUUCAGUCCCGGUGGGACCAACACCCAAAUGAGCAGCCAACAACGAGCUCUCGAUCAACAACUGCAGCUUCAGCAACAGUUGCAACAACAAUUGCAAGCCAUGAACCUCGACCUCAGCCAGUUCCCUGCCGGCACCGACCCAGCGCUCGUCCUGCAGCAGAUGACCGCUAUGAUGAUCCCCCCUGCUGAAGAGCAUAAACCUUUCCGUUGUCCCGUCAUUGGCUGCGAAAAGGCUUACAAGAACCAGAAUGGAUUGAAGUACCACAAAACUCACGGCCAUUCGACCCAACAACUGCACGAAAACGGCGAUGGUACGUUCUCCAUCGUCAACCCGGAGACCAGUGCCCCCUAUCCGGGAACCUUGGGAAUGGAAAAGGAGAAGCCUUUCAAAUGCGAAGUCUGCGGCAAACGCUACAAGAACUUGAACGGUCUCAAAUACCACAAACAACAUUCUCCUAUGUGCGACCCCGAUGUCAGAGCUCACCACCAAACCAUACUGUCAUCGAUGAUGCAGAAUCCUGCAGGUUUCCUCGCUCUCCAACAACAACAAGGACUACCCAACAUCAAUGAAGACGCGAUGCUCUAA